UCCACCCUUUUCUUUCCCCUCCACCCUCAGUUCCUCCCCUCCAACCAACCCCAGUUUCUAAUUGGAUUUCAUAACCAUUUCCUCUUAGUUUUUCCCUGCCAGACGGUUGGGAGGAACGACUUCACUGGGUUCUCUUCAACACACUCAAUCAUCAGCAGCAGCAGCAGCAGUUCCCAGAGACUUCACACUACAUCGUCUGCCCUGACAGUGCAAUGACCUCUCUCUGGCUGCUGCACUCCCUCCUUCUCCUCCAACUCCAAAUUUCCAACCAGUUAGAAGACAACAAGAUCCCUCCCAGUCUGUGUACUGGUCACCCUGGUAUCCCCGGCUCUCCUGGAGCUCAUGGCAGUUCUGGUCAGCCAGGGAGAGACGGGAGGGACGGGAGAGACGCUGCUCCGGGGGAGAAGGGACAUAAGGGGGACACUGGAGACCCAGGUGAGACAGGAGUGCGAGGCCUGAGCGGAGACAGAGGUGGCCCAGGAGACAAGGGAGAGAGGGGACAGCCAGGAGAGUGUGCCGUGGCCCCGAAAUCAGCCUUCACUGUCAAACUAUCCGAGGGCCGCGCUCUACCCCUCACUGGGGGCGAUGCAGUCCUCUUCGACAAGGUCGUGAUCAACGAACAGGGCGACUACAACACAGAGACCGGACGCUUCACCUGCAAAGUGCCAGGAGUUUACUAUUUCGCCGUCCACGCCACAGUCUACCGCGCCAGCCUCCAGUUUGACCUGAUGAAAAAUGCACACACGAUAGCAUCUUAUUUUCAGUUCUACGGUAACUGGUCCAAACCAGCAUCUCUGUCAGGAGGCUCCCUGCUCCACCUUGUCCCUGGUGACCAGGUGUGGGUCCAGAUGGCUCUGUCGGAGUACAAUGGAUUUUACUCCAGCACCAAGACAGACAGCACCUUCACUGGCUUCCUGGUGUACUCAGACUGGAAAAACUCUGCUGUGUUUGCAUGACAUGGGCUUAUGAACCAAACAAAUUCAUAUCCCACUUUGAGAAAUGAACCACAACGUUUUUUUUUGCUUAAUUCAGUUUUCUUAUAGAGAAGUGAGUAGGACGUGACUUGGUGCAUCUGUAUUUGUGUAAUGAGUAUAUAACAAACCAGACAAUGUUACUUGAAUGGCACAUACCGAACUGGUGAGGUACAUUCACUGUUUAUUCAGUGUCUGUUCCUCAGUUGCAGCCUUCAAAACUGCUGUGACACUUAAUUCUUGUAACAGAUGUUGCGACAAAUUCAAACAGUUUUAUGCUUUUAUUGCACUUUCUUUCACGUCAAUAUCUGCGUAGCAAACAUGACAAAUGAAUAAACCAUCGUAUUUUUUUAAAACACACACAUGACUGAAGCAUUUUUGGCCAUAACUACCAAUUCACAAUUGCAGUUGCAAUAAGUCAGUUCUACACUUUUCACAUCGAUCUCCAAACAUGAUAUUUGGAUCACUCCUUCAUAACAUGCCAGACUGUGCACACAUCAGUUUUAUUAUAUAGGCAUUUACCUGAUUGCAGUGGUGGGAAAAGUACUCAGGACUCCAGUGGUUUCCAACUUAAGGGUUCAGUCUCCUCCAAAGGGUCACAAGACGAAUCUGAAAGAUCGUGAGAGGAAAGGUUAUGAUGCAGAAAAUAUAAUUUGACCUCAUUAAGCCUCAAAUUGUUAUUCAAAUGAGACCAUUUGAGAAGUUUAGAUGGUAAAUCCUCUCUGCUGGAGCCAGAUACAACUUCUCUGAAACAAAAUAAGGUCACCAAAGGGUUACCAGUCAAACAGAUUAUGACCCAGUGGUUCAAUUUUUAUGCAUUAUAUUUUAUAAAAUCAACAUGUGUUUUUUAAAUCAAAAAUCUUAAUGUUAAAGUAGGUAGUAUCUAUAACUGUAAAUAAUGUGCCAUAAAACUGCCAUAAUCUUUCUGAAAUGUAAUGGAGCAGAAGUAUAAAGUAUGAUACAAUGGAAAUACUCCAGUAGUACCUCAAGAGUACAGUGCUUGAGUAAAUGUACUUUGUCACUUUACACCUUUGCCAAAAUAAUCAACUCCAAUGUGGCAUUUUUAUCAAUAAAAUCCACCCGAUACACCUA